CGAAGCAUCACGCGCCUCACAGCUGGAUCAACGACCGACCGUCUUGCUCGUCGCAGCCCGGCUCUCGCACCCCUCUUGGCGGCAGAAGAUUCCAAAAUGACGCCGAAAACCCGUCUGGCGGCGCCGCUGCUGAUCCUGGCGACGGCGCUCCACCUGGCCAGCGGCGGAGGCCAGACGCCACGCGCCGCGAACAGCACCGCCCACUCUCGGCCCAAGCGACUCGUCUACUUCACCUCCGAGCGACGCCUGAGACUCCCGCCGAAGACCGCGUUGUUUUUCACGCCCACACUCAGCCUCCCCUUCGGCAGAGGCCUCCCUGUCGGCUACGAUGCUUCGAUGACCAUUUCAAUUCCUUUCGAAAUUGAUUUCGAUGGCCUCGGCUUGACCUCUGAGGAGAAUCCUUAUGGACUUUGGCCUAAACUCGGGUCGUUUAGGAAGAAGAGGGACAGUUCCGCUCCUCUCUCGGGCAUCAACUGGGCAGGAGGCGACAGGGAAAUGAUAUACCAGGUCAUCGAGGACACUUUAUCCAACAUGGGCAUGAACGGAAGCGCCUGCCUCCUGAGGGCCAUAUGCGAGAUGUUUCAGUUCCCCCUCGAGAAGCACGGCUUCUUCGGCGAGCUUCUCGAGCUCCUUUUCAGUGCCAGCCGGUCCCCCCACGCCGAGAAGCGCCUGCCGGAGUACACGCGCGCAGAGAGGCUCGGGCGCGCGUCAGGAGACUGCUUCGAGUACCAAACCCACUGCCCUCGCUCCCUCUUCACGAACCCCGGGCAGACCAUGUGGAUCAACUUUGACCCAAAAGAAGCGAGUUUUUACGAGGAGACGAUCAGCUGUCACUGACGCGGCGCUGACUGAGGCUGGUGACAGACAGCAGUCAAUCCUGCGAAAUGUAUUUAUUGGAGGGCAUUCUAAGAAGCAUUAUAUGUGAUAUUUCAAAUUCCUUUUUCGUUCUUGCAUUCUCGAGGAAAAGGAAUGAAUGGUGUAAACCCAUGUUAAUAAAGUAGUUCAUUUCUCUCUUCCUUUCUUGGACAGUCAAGAAGAAACAAACAAAAAUAAUGAACAGACAAUAUCAACAACAUCAACAUCAACAACAACAACAACAACAAAAACCUGGUAAUAAAAUAAGUGCAUCAAAAUAUGUUGCCAGAUGAAUGACGUCCAUUUCCGAUAUCUUGUCCCUGAAAAAACGUUUACGAUUUAUUUUACUUGUUUUUUCCUGUACUUAUUGUGUUCUUGUUAAUUGAGAACUAUGAAACAAAAGGGAAAAAUAAGGCCUUCCGUCAUGAUAUUUUUUCUCAAGUAUCGUGGAAUGAAAGUUUGCUAAUUAAGCUUGAAUUUGAUUAUCAAUUAGCGUAAAAUAAGGCUUGAGAGAGAGA